AUGUCAACACCAAGAAUAGCCUGCAUCGCCCUAAUCGGCCGAAAUUCCCGCCUCCCGCUCAAGUCGAACGGCGACAGCGACUUCGGCCUGCUAUACAGCAUAGACGAGGAACUGGCCGCGUACGGCUGGCUGACCAACACAGGUGUUAAGAUUGUGGUCGUCGUGGACGUUGGAUCCGGCGGUGGGUUGGGCGUUAAAGAUGGGGAAUUGAAAGGGGUUUUUCGGGCGUUGCAGACGGCGUAUAUUAAGCUUGUUUGUAAUCCCUUUUUUGAGUUGGGUGCUGGUGGGUUGGUUACUAGUCGGAGGUUUGUCGAGGAGGUUGCCAGGAUUGGUGAGGCGUGGGCGCCGGGUUCUGCGGUCGCGGGAGGGGGUGGUGGAGGUGUGGCUUGA